AUGCCGGGAGCGCGCAGUGGCGGCAGCAGCGGCGGCGGCGGCGACGGCAGUAACAGCGGCGACUUCGGCGAGGACGCCAGCGGGGCGGUGACCGCGUGGGAGGUGGUCUCACUCUUGGGGAAACUCCUGGGCACCGUCGCCGCGCUGAAGGUGGUUCUGUACCUGCUCCGGGUGUGCUUAGCGAUGGCCUGGAAAUCCGGCGGCGCCAGCCACUCGGAGCUAAUCCACAAUCUCCGCAAAAAUGGAAUCAUCAAGACAGAGAAAGUAUUUGAAGUGAUGCUGGCCACUGACCGCUCCCACUAUGCAAAAUGUAACCCUUAUAUGGAUUCUCCACAAUCAAUAGGUUUCCAAGCAACAAUCAGCGCUCCACACAUGCAUGCCUACGCACUAGAACUUCUUUUUGAUCAAUUGCACGAAGGAGCUAAAGCUCUGGAUGUAGGGUCUGGAAGCGGAAUCCUCACUGCAUGUUUUGCACGUAUGGUUGGUCAUAGUGGAAAAGUCAUAGGAAUUGAUCACAUUAAAGAGCUAGUAGAUGACUCAAUAAAUAAUGUCCGAAAGGAUGAUUCAACACUGUUAUCUUCAGGGAGAGUGCAGCUAGUUGUGGGUGAUGGAAGAAUGGGAUAUGCUGAAGAAGCUCCUUAUGAUGCUAUUCACGUGGGAGCGGCAGCCCCAGUUGUGCCCCAGGCACUAAUAGACCAGUUAAAGCCUGGUGGAAGAUUGAUAUUACCAGUGGGUCCGGCAGGUGGAAACCAAAUGUUGGAGCAGUAUGACAAGCUACAAGAUGGCAGUGUCAAAAUGAAGCCUCUGAUGGGGGUGAUUUAUGUGCCUUUAACAGAUAAGGAAAAGCAGUGGUCCAGGUGGAAGUGAUUUUCUCUUCUGCUCUUUCUUCUUCCACACUUGCAAGGGACGAACUGUAAAAGCAACAUCAGCUUGACCGAUCUAUAAUAUUACAGACGAUUGCUCAUCUCAGUCCUUAAAGCUUUUUGGAAACCAACGGCAUCACAGCUUGUUUUGGACUUUGUUACACUCUUAUUUUCAGCAUGAAAAUGUGUGGUUUUGUAAGGUUUUCUAAUUCUUCAAAGAGGCACAGAACCAAACUGGUAUAGGAAAGAUGCAGAGUAUAAUUAGUAAUUGCUUUAACAUGCCCAUGUUUUACUAUAAUAAUAUGAAAAGAAAGGGUUCUGCAAAGUGGAAAGCUUAGUUUAUGAAUUUAUUUUGAGAAGUGGCUUUUCUUUUGUUGGACGUUUAAUUCUGUUCCAGUAUUAAUUUAUCAGAUUUCUUUUGUGCAUCAGAUAACAAUAUCACUCACAAGUUAAAAUUCUUGAUAUUUGGAUGUCUGUUAGAUGCUACUAAGAAACUAGAGAUGAGCUUUCUCUUUAAAGCUUUUGAUGUGGUGUCAUAGAAUAGCAUGUGGUAGAUACAAUCAGCUGCUUUGUUACCUUAAAACUAGGCAUUUUGUAAAUAUUGAAACUUAAGCAGAUGUCAGGUGAUGUCCUAUAAACCUAGCUGUUCAGAUUGGACAUAACUGACAUAGUUUUUCUUUUCUCUCUAAAAAUGACAGGAGACGAGAGUCAGUCCUUUUUUCUGUUUCUAGUUUGCUGCUGAUAAUGUAUAUGAAUCUAACAUGCUGUGUAAGCUGUGUGCUAGUUUCUGCACAGUUUAUGCAGUGCUGCUUUGCCAAAUAAAGUAAAAAGCAAAAGA